AUGGCUGAUAGCACCACGUUAAAUGAGACAUCUCCAUUCGGAGACAAGAAUUUAACUGCUUGUACUACACCUAUUGAUGUUAAAGUGGAUGGUCAAAUACCAGAAUGGGUCCAUGGAGUUCUCUAUCGAGUCGGUCUUGGUACAUUCUCUGUGCCUAAACCUGACGGAUCUGUUUUUCAUUUCAAUCAUCCUUUCGAUGGCCUAGCAAUGUUGCAUCGCUUCGAAAUACAUGGUGGGAACAAUCCACGUGUUACUUACACUUCUCGACAUACUGCCAAUGGUGUCAAAUCUCGAAUUAUUCGCAAUGACAGUACUUUGGUAUUCUUCGGUCCUGAUCCAUGCAAGACGAUUUUUGGACGUAUACAAAGCGUUUAUCAUCAGUUGCUCGGUUUAUGUCGGGGAGAACUCGAACAACGAAUGCGAAUGGAUCCUGAAGGCGAAAAUAUUAAUGUCGCUAUUGCACCGAACUUUCCUCUCGGUGAAGAUCUAGAAAAACAGUGGGGUGUCGAUGCUGGUAUGGCUCUGGUUGUGAAAACCGAUGCAAACAUUUUGCAGCUUGUCGAUCAUCAGACACUAGAACCGAAGAAGGCUUUCACUUAUGGAACUAUCGAUAUGGAAUAUAGCGAUCGAUUUGCAGCUUCUCAUCAUCAGUACGAUAUGAAGACUGGCGAAUGGUUCAAUUUCAUUCUUGAAACAUUUCCUAAACCAACUUGGCGAGUGUUCUCUUACUCAACGCCGUCAGUGCCUGGAGCGACAAAAGUGAAGAAGUUUCAGCCCAUAAUACAAAACUUAUCACGUCCAAAUGGCUAUUUUUUUUCAAGCAGACCAUUAAAAUCGUGCUAUACACAUUCAUUUGCUAUUACUGAUAAUUAUGUCAUUAUCCCAAAUUGGUCAUAUUACUUUUCUUAUUAUUCUCUUUCAAUUCUUUGGUAUGGCAAUGCCUAUGAUAGUCUCUAUUUCGAUCCGAAUCUUCCUACUCUCUUUCAUGUUCUCAGUCGUACCACUGGACUACAUGUAGCAACCUAUGAAUCUGAUUCAGCCUUUGGCUUUCAUACUGCAAAUGCCUGGGACGAUAAUGGAACGAUAUGGAUGGACAUCGCUACCUAUCCCGAUGGUAGAGUUAUUGAUGCAAGUUUUGAUUUUGCGCGUAUGUAUAAUGAAAAAUAUGUUAAACCGGUAUCCUACAGAAAGAUCGGUCGAAAAGCAAGUAACACUUAUGUUCCCGUCGCUGAACUUCGUCGAUAUAAGUUAAACGAUAUUCCUUCUACUCCAUCAAAUAUACCACGGCGUGCAGUUUAUGAAUUACUAGGUCUUGAUAUUGAUUUACCGCAUUUCGAUCCUCGACGACAUUGCAAGCCUUAUCGCUAUUUGUAUGGUACUUGCCGAAAUCAAAAUGAAUCGACACACAAAAAUGGCCAUGAUGUGAUCCUCAGUGCCGUACAAAAAAUGGAUUUAGGUCCUCCUGCUACAAAUUUUGCUUCCACUCUUGAACAGGUUGGAUCUAGUUGUUCAAUCGACAAAAAGCAGGGCUCUGGUCCCAAUACUCGUCGAUUUGAUCCUCCAUCAGCGUCAUGUUCCGAACCAAUCUUUUUACCCAAUCCUUUAGGUACAGAAGAAGAUGACGGUGUCGUUCUCACUAUGGUCAAUGAAAUUCGUAAUGAUGACCAGGAGGCAUGCAUAUUGGUGAUACUCGAUGCGAAGAACAUGACGGAAAUGGCCAGAGCAGAAAUUGGACCUUGGCAUGCAAAAACUAUUCAUGGAAGUUUUGUAGACCAAGCUGGAAGAGGCAUCAGUGUCUCAUAA